AUGGUGACUAGGUUAGGAUGUCUGCAAGUUUCAUUUAGGGUUAAACAACAUGAUUUUGUUCAUGAUUUGAUUUGCUUGCCGAUGACCGGUCUUGAUCUUGUCUUAGGGUUGGACUGGUUGUCUAAGAAUCAUGUCUUGUUGAACUGUUUUGAAAAAUCGUUGUAUUUUAUGCCUGCGGGGUCAGAAGGACCAGUUGUAGUGAAUGGUUGUUAUUUAAACUACGUUAUAGUAAACUGUUCGGGACAGGAGUGUCAGGGCAUUAUGCUAUUAGCUGCGAGUGUGUCAGGUGAGGAACAAAGUUUAGAGAAAAUUCCAGUUGUUUGCGAAUUCCCUGAGGUGUUUCCGGAUGACAUUGAGGAAUUCCCUCCUAGCCGAGAGGUUGAAUUUGCAAUUGAGUUGGUAUCGAAAACGGGGCCAAUUUCGAUUGUCGCUUACAGAAUGUCGCCUUUAGAAAUGGCCGAACUCAAGGCUCAGUUGGAAGACUUAAUGAGUAAACGCUUUAUCCGCCCUAGUGUUUCUCUGUGGGAGUACCGGUGUUACUGGUGA